UUGAGACGCUCUUAACGCGGACGCUCCCCAAGAUUUCAUUACAUUCAGCUGUCCUCGCUGCACCAGCUUCAACCUGACUGUGCUCAAAUCAGUUCACCUGCGAGAAGAGAGAAGACGUUCAGAUCUCUUUAUACCACAGAAGAGCGAUGGAUUCUUGGAGAAUCGCUGCUUUGCUCCUCGCUUGCUGCCUCACGACGGCAACCUCUAAUCAGUUCGAUACGGAGUGUUAUACUGCAAAUGGAGAGGACUACAGAGGCCGACAGAACCAGCCCAGUCUUCAAGGGGGAAGGCCAUGUCUUUUCUGGAAUGAGACUUUCCAACAUCCCUACAAUACCAUCAAAUACCCCAAUGGAGAAGGAGGCCUUGGACCACAUAACUUUUGCAGGAACCCAGAUGGAGAUGUUCGACCAUGGUGUUACAUUGCAGAUCUUGAGGAUGGAAUCUACUGGAAGUACUGUGACAUUCCGACCUGUCAAAUGCCUGGUAAUCUGGGCUGUUUUAAAGACAGCGGCGAUCCGACCCCUCUAUCCGGAGGCUACCAGACCUCCAAUAAACUCACCAUUCAAAACUGCAUCAGCUUCUGCCGUAACCAAAGAUACAAGCUUGCCGGCAUGGAGUCAGGCUACGCUUGUUUCUGUGGUAAUGACCUUAAUUACCAUCAUCAUGGUGAUGCUCCGAGCACAGAGUGUAACCAUGUGUGUUUUGGAGAUCACACCCAGCCCUGUGGAGGGGACGGACGUGUCAUUGUCUUUGACACAAAAGUGGGAGCUUGUGGAGGAAACUACACCUCGCCCUCUGCAGUGAUCUACUCUCCUGACUUCCCAGACAAAUAUAAACCUGGCAGAGUCUGCUACUGGACCAUUCAGGUUCCAGGGGCUUCCGUCAUUCUGUUCAACUUUACUUUUUACAAUAUUGUGGAUCAGACUGAUAUGGUGGAACUUCUGGAUGGCUACUCUAAUCAGGUGGUGGCACGAUUUGAUGGGCGCAAUCCACCACGGGACAUUGUGAACGUCACUGUAGACUUCGUCAUUCUGUAUUUUUAUUCGGACAGGACGAACGAGGCGCAGGGAUUUUCUCUUCUUUAUCAUGCUGUUGAAGAGGAUGAUGAUGGUGAUGAAGAGGACACCAGUACAGUGAGGCCUCAUACUGGAAGCACGACUGCUAAAUCAAACACCAGUCAGAGCGGGAAAUCCUCCCUGCUGUACUACGUGAUCACAUCAAGCCCUGCAAACAUGCCAGGUCAGUGGCAUGGACCGGGCCGGACAGCGGGCCACAGCACCAUGUGGACUAUCUAUGCGCUAGCUGCCCUGCUAAUGCUAACAGUAAUAGCCAUGGUAGCUAAGCUGCUACUGCACCUUACUGUUAAGUCCUCAUCCAUUCCAUCGAUCAGCAGUUCAGAAUCAUGUGCGCAGAGCACCGCAUCUGAACCUUGGAUCAUCUUAUACAGACCUUCCACCAUCUCACUGUUUAAGAAGAAACUCAAGAACCACCAUGGGGACCUCAGCCCUCUCGUGGGAAACUAACUUCAAUUCUUCUGACCUCUACGGCUACUUUAGCCCCCUGUAAGGAAUGCACACACUGUACGUAACGCUACUGGGCUAUGGAAAAGGAGUAGAACAAUCCUUGAUCGACUUCAAAUGACCAGAGCAAAGCCCAGCCAACAGGGUUGAUCGGUUGUUGCUAAAGAACUUGGCCAGAAAGGUACAGAGAGACCUCGGUGCCACUGGCCAAUACGCAUUUACUUUGAAUUUGCAUCUCAACCAAUCACGAAUGAUGUGACAAGUACACAAAUAAACCAAGUGAUAUGAUUAGCAAAGGAGAUGUCUGGUUUGUCUUGACAUUGUAGAGCAACAGACCAAAACGAACUCAUAAUCGAUGCCAAAAAAUGGCCCAACCGUUUCUCCAGGUGCUUUUGCAGAAGCGAUCAACCCCUGAUAAAUGUCUUUAGAAAGGGUGAGACUCCCCGUGGACCACACUGAAAGACAAAACCACUUGUAUAACCAAUAUAAUGCCACUUAUAUGCCCAACUAGCCCCUCUGGAAGAGAGAUACGAUUCAGUUUCUGUCACUCUAAUGUAGAUCACCUCUUUUUGAGGAGCACAGAAGGUCUUUCUCCUAAGAUUAAAGAGCUGUUUGAACCAGUGGAGGAUUGAUGACACAAUCACGUAGAGGAGAAAGUGAUUCAGACCUUUGAGGACUCAAAGUGAACAACAAAGAAGUCUCGAGAGAGUUGAGAGUAGACGAAUGGACUGCGAAGUACCAAAGCCUGCAAUUGCUACAAGUUGGGCAAUGUUCAAGAUGAUAAGUAAUCCCUUUGGACCUCUCAUGCCAUCUUUUUUGGUCUGUGCUGGGUUUUGAUCUUUCUGUAAUGCCUUUAAGUGCCUUCAGGACUGAAAAAAACUCUUCUAAAUGGUCACAAUGUCACAAUGAUAUAAACAAGCAUUGAUCCUUCGGACCAUUGAAUUGCAAAUGAGAAUAAGCACUAAGAACUUUUUUUUCAGAGGAUUGUGGGUGUCGUUGGGGCAUAUUGUUCUUGUCAGGUUUUCGACUUGAGCAAGAGAAGCAUUGUGAUGAACAUUGUGUAAUUCUGUGUGGGAAUGAUCAAACGUUAUUCCCUUUUCAUUUCACUCCCCAACGAAGGCAGUGGUGAAAUUCUUCCAAAACAAUUUGUUCUUUCUCCCCCUUCACCAUAACUUUUGCUUUCAGAUUCUGAAGCACUUUUCUAGUAAGCCAAAAACCACAAGGAUCACUGCACUGCUUGCUACGAGGACUGAGGACGCUCCUUCAAAGGAACGCACAACCGGUUAAGGGUCAUGACAUUUAGACUGCAGUGUACAGCACUUGAACAGCCAUUAGUUACAGAUCAAGAUAUGAGUUGACACGAGGGGUGUCUUACAGUUUUGUGUUCAGUGCUCGAUGUUACACUUGAUGUGUCCUAACCAGACGUGACAUGACAACAAGCUUUUGUUUAAGGCAUAGUUUACCCAAAAAUGAAACAAUUCUGUAAUCAUUUACUCAACCUUGUGUCAUUCCAAUCCCGUAUGACUUUUGUUGUUCUGUGGAACACAAAAUGAGAUGUUAGGCGGAAUCCCAGCCUCAGUCACCAUUCACUUUCAUUGCAUCUUUUUCUCAUACAAUGAAAGUGAAUGGUGACUGAGACUGAACAUUUAGCCUAACAGCUCCUUUCGAGUUUCAAUACAAGUUAAGCUCAAUUGACAGAAAUUGUGGCAUAAUAUUGAUUAACACACACACACACACACACAUUUUUUUUUUUUCGAUUCGUACCUUAUUUAUUUUAAAUAAAAGCAAAAAUUGGGGUUACAGUAAGGCACUUACAAUGGAACUGAAUGGGGCCAGUGCAUAAAUGUUCAAAUAUACAAUGUUUUAAAAGUAUAGCCACAAGACAUAAACAUUAUACAUGUUAACAUGAUUUUAGUGUGAUAAAAUCACUGACUAUCCUUUUGUGAAAAGUUAUCCAAUAUUACAACUUUGUUGCCAUGACGACAUAAUGCCGGUAAUCCCUGUAAGUUUUAUCACACUAAAUUAAUUUUAACAUGUAUAAUGUUUAUGUCUUGUGGCGAUAUUUUUGAAACAAUGUGAUUUUAAUGUUUAUGGACUGCCCCUUUCACUUCUAUUGCAAGUGCCUUACAGUAGCCGCAAUUUUAGCUUGUAUUUAAAUAAACCAGGGACGAGUCAAAAUUAUUCCCGGUGGUUAUCAGCAAUACAAUACAAUAACUUGUAUUGAACCCAGAUCAUUCCUUUAGUGUGUAGUUAUGUGACGCAACAUUUUGAACCAAUGAGAUUUUACUGUGGGUCGGACUUCCAAAACAGCACCACAGAUUUAGAAGCCAAAUGAUCAGCACAUUGUCCUGUCACUCACUGCGAUUUUAAUCAUCUGAUGUUUUAUCGCAUCAAGCCUGAUUUGGGCACAGUGUUACUGUAUGUUUUAGCAAUACUGUGAAGGCCCCUCAUCUCAACGUCCUUUUGAGUGAAUACAUUCAGUAUAUAACCAAACACCCUGAAAAUGGGUGGUCAGCAGUACAUUAUUUGUGGGUGUCACAAUUGCAGCACUUACCAACAAAACAAAUUAACAAAAUCACCAUAUUAUGCACUUUUAUUUAUUCUAACAGAAGUACUUAUCUUGUGUCUUGUCUUAUACAUCUGUUCAUUAAUAACUCAAGUCUGGGGGGUAUUCGAGCACGGGUCAAGUCUCAAGCCUUGAGCCCUCCUCCAGGGACAGCGAGCCAAACACGUUUACACUAUCCUCAUGGCAGGAUUACAUUAACUUACGCACUACUGAAAUACUGUAUAACAAAAGACCUGUAAUUGAGCAAGCUGCCCACCCAAUGUUUCAAGGUUCUUCCUCAAUUCAAGUGUAUUUGGCUGACCUGAUGCUGUAUUUUUGCCAUGUUUUCAUCUGCACAAUGUCCUAAUUAUUGCAUACUUCAUACCCUUAGCUCUGAAGUGCCCGGGGCUACCCAUGCAUACUAUAGUAUCACUAGUCACAGACAGAAAGAGAUAAAGAGACCAUGGCUGUCAAAUCACAUAGAGACAAACUCAAAGUGACAGGUUAAAUCUAACAAGGUCUUAUUUGUCUGGAAAGACUGGUGAGUAAUGUAGAAUCCAGAUUUCCACUUAUAAAGCAAAGCCUAAAUAGCACUUUUAGCAAUGGAAAAAGUGUCAUAUCCUUUUGUGGUUUAUCACAAUGUCAGUGCGCUUUCCUUCUGAGUAACCAAGAUGGGAAUCCCUAUAAUUUUGGGAAAGGGUGCUUCCAGGGAUAAUAAAAAAAGAUGUUGUUUUCAUGGAAUUGUAAAUAAAAUAGUGAGAAUUUUAAUUUAUACCAUAAAUUAUUGUUUUGGAUGUAAAUGGAACAUAAUCUAUCUUUUGUAUAAAUACCUUUGUAGUUUUUAUUUAAUGUGUUCUGAGUGCAAAAAGAAUAAAUA